UGAUGUGCUGCUUUGUGUUUGGGAUGAACACAGAAUAUGCUCUGUGGAUACUCUCUGUGUUUACUGCUGCUAUGUUCGAACACAAGAUGUUUUUCAAGACUGUAUGAAGGCACCAGCGGACGGCAGUGAAGUAGUGAAUGUAAAGCUAGUCCUGAGGUGAACUGUGCUGUGCUAUAAGGCCAGUUUUUGAGGCAGAACAGAACAGCUGCUGCGGCUUUAAGCCCGUCGUUUGGGAUGGGCUGAAUUCAUAACGUCAUUUCACUUCUCUUUCUUUUAUUCUUCGCCCCCUCAUCUCCUUCCCUCUCUAAAUGACACAGUCCCCCGUGCUCCCUCAAACCUCCGGCCAUAUUUUCCCAAGAAUGAUUAUUCCGAACUUUCUCUGUGUUUUUCUCCCUGUGGGGCAUUUUUCCGGGGCCUCAACUUUUCUGGCGUGUCAUCAUUUCUGGAGUUAACGCGGCAGAGUCAUCCGAGGCGACCGAGGCUCUCUCAUAUCUGGAUUCUUAAAAAAAGCCCAGUUAAACACCCCAGGAAAUGCAGCGUUUUCUCUAACCCGGAGGUACCGCUGCUCAGCUCAGUCAGCGGGGAACAGCGUGUAGAAAUGUGCACAGACAAAUGACGAUGCUGUGGAAAUGAAAGAUUUCAGCCUAGGGAUGUUUGUGUUAACGCUCAGCCUGCCCUGAUUCACAUUCUGCUCAUCAAAAUGAUGUUUUCUCCUCUCUCUCUGUCUCAGGAUGAGUUCCAUCCGUUCAUUGAGGCUCUGCUGCCCCAGGUCCGUGCCUUCGCCUACACCUGGUUCAACCUGCAGGCCAGGAAAAGGAAGUACUUCAAAAAACAUGAGAAAAGGAUGACUAAGGAGGAAGAGAGAGCUGUCAAAGAUGAACUGCUGGGGGAGAAGGCAGAGGUGAAACAAAAGUGGGCCAGCCGUCUUUUGGCCAAGCUAAGAAAGGACAUUAGACCUGAAUGCAGAGAAGACUUUGUCCUGUCAAUCACUGGGAAGAAAGCUGCAUGCUGCGUCCUAUCAAACCCUGACCAGAAAGGCAAAAUGAGACGCAUAGACUGUCUCCGACAAGCGGACAAGGUGUGGAGGUUGGACCUGGUGAUGGUCAUCCUGUUUAAAGGUAUCCCGUUGGAAAGCACAGAUGGAGAGCGACUGGUGAAGGGAGGCCAGUGCUCCAAUCCAGUCCUCUGUGUACAGCCUCGACAUAUCUCUGUCUCUGUCAAAGAGCUCGACCUCUACCUCGCUUACUAUGUACAAGAAAGAGAGGCAGAGCAGAGCAGCAGUCCCAGUCGUACAGGAGUGGGUUCUGAUCAGGAGGACAGUCGAACCGCCACCAUGGACGGCCCAGAGUUCCAGGAGAGUUUUGUGACAUCAGGAGUUUUCAGUGUCACUGAGCUGGUCCAGGUCUCAAGAACUCCUGUAGUCACAGGAGUAGGACCUAGUUUCUCUAUGGGGGAGCUUCAGGGUCAUCUGGCUUACGACCUCAACCAGUCUGUCAACCAGCCAGUCAGCCUCAGACGAUCACUGGCCAGCACCUCAUCCAGCGGGUAAUCUCACACACACACACA